AUGGAGAAUAUUCAGUCUACAGCGGCUCGCUCGCUGGCAAAUUCGACCUCUCAGAUCAAGCCGCGCCGGUCUGGCGUGCCUUGUAUGCGAUGUCGGCAGAUGAAGGUGAAAUGUAAUGCCAGUCAAAAAUUCCCUGCAUCUUGCUCAGCUUGCGAAAAAGCAGGCGAGCGGUGCUCCGUUGACCCUUCGUUCAAGAGGAUUUCCAAGAGAAGUCUGAAGCGUCGCCAUGGACAUGAUGAAGGUGGCCCUGCUUACAGGACGCCCCAUUCGGAGGGAUCCAGUAUAGAGCCGACCGACUUGUCGUCGACAAGACAGCAUGGACCUUUACAUAGUUUGGAUUCUUCUGUCGCAAGCAUAAUUGCUGAAUUGCGCCUUGGCGGGAAGAGACCUGCUCGGUUCACCCAUGAGGCUACCGGCGUCAACCUUACAUCCAGUGUGGUGGCAGAACUGCUAGAAGAGUAUUAUUCAAAUCUACACCCACGGUUCCCGCUGUUGCUUGACCCGGCCACGAUAAUCGAUAGCUACGAGAAAGCACCCUUGUUGUUCUGGGGCGUAUUGGCCAUUGCGAGCAAAGACUCCGAGAAGUAUGCAUCUGACUACCCUCGGUUACAAAUUCUUGUAAGGCAAUCGGUAGCAGACAUCCUCCUCCUUGGUACUCGGUCCAUCCACCUUGUUCAAGCUUUACUUCUACUCUGUGUGUGGUCAUUUCCCCAUGAAGAUAUGAACAAGGAGCCAUUUUCAAUGUACGGUGCAGUCGCCAUUUCUAUGGCACGGUCUCUUGGUUUGCAUCGCCCACAACACCCAUUCCUUUUAUUUGCUGCAAAGGCAUCGGAGAUCGGAACCACGGAAGCUCGGACGUCGACCUGGCUGUCCUGUUUUAUCGUGGAUCAAUGGCAUACUGCAAGAUUCGGGGUGCCAGGUUCCAUCAGGGUCGACCACACCAUCCUUCAGGCAUUGAAUGUUUCGACGGCUGGGGUACCAGUGACUACGAGGAUUCAACUUCACAUCGCUCUCGUCACCUCAAAGAUCUCGGCUGCCCUGGGAGAAUGUGAGACCUCGGCCACCGGACUCACGGCAGAUCCGCUUCCGUUUGUGCGGGUGUUUGAAACUGAGCUUUGCAUGAUCCAAGACAAAUACGCGUGCGAAUGGUCUCCUGCCGAUGAAGUGUCAUUCCUUGACGCGCGGCUGGGCCUGUACGCUUACAUUCUCGACCGUAAAAGGACCGAGCCCCCGAAAAGCCUUCAUCAAGAGAAUGAACUCAUCAUCCAGAGCAGUAUCACGGCGAGACACAUCCUAAUCGUCCUGACUACAUUUCCCGACGCACUGAGGAAAGGGACAUUCCACGUGUUUCGCGCUGCAAGCUAG